UUUCGCGCGGUGCCUCAUAGUAUUUAGUACAGUUUAAUUGUGGAUUAAUUUAUUAAAAUUCAUUCAAUUCAUCAUGGAUUGCAGGACACUGGUCUAUUUUGUACUACUUCAUUGUUCAAUCAAUGCGCUACCUUACGAAAGGGACUCACACGAAAGCGGAAAAUUUACCGUGCACUUUGGCGAUGACGACAAACACUUAGCCCUAGAUGACCAAGCACAACAUAACACAUUUGAAUUAGAUAAACAUAUUGAAGAUGAAGACAAAGAAAUAUUUUUAAACGAAGAACAAAACCAAGAAUCAAGUUUAGAAACAAAUAUUGAAAACGAAGAUACAGAAACAUUAUUAGACGACCAAGAAAAAGUAAAAACAAUAGAUUUUGAAAGAAAUACUAAGGAUGAAGACGAAGAAAUACAUUUCGAUUUCGACCAUGCCAAAGAUACUGAAAAAAUAGUUUCAGAUCAACAACAAAAACAAAAAUCACUAGAUUUCGAAAAAAAUACUGAAGAUGAAGACAAUGAUACAUUUUUAGAUAAACAAUUUAAAAAGGAAGCAUUAGAAUAUGAAAAAAAAGUUGUCACGGAUAAAGCGAAACCAGCGAAUUACGCUGUGACCGAGUUAGUAAUUGAUGUACCAGAUGAUAGGACUAAAGGACCUAUCAUAGCAAAUUAUUCAAUUUCAAAACCUAUUAACAUAGCUUCUACAACAGUUUCUACAGCAGGGUUUGACAAAGAUAAAAACAGUAAUGAAGGAAAUCAAAAUACAGCUAGUAGUGGUAGCGAUGGAAACAAAGUGGUAGAUCCGGAUGAAAACGAAGACAGCACAGGUAUCAAAGAGUACUUUAAUGGUAUCAAGCAAGGGAUAGUCAACGGAUUCAAUAGUAUCAUACACAAAAACAGUAACACUGAAGAGAGUCAUACGCACGAUGGGGAGACCGAACCAUUUAGUUUUUUCAAUAAAAUACAAAGAAAAGGCUCUGAUUUCGCUCAAAAAAUUCACAACCAUAUUUUUGGUGAUCACAAACAAGAUCACUUUUAG